UCUGCGCCUCUAGUAUCUUUCAGUCUGACUGAGAGACAGCAACUACCUGCAUUUACUACAGUCUGUCUGAACAACUAACGCCCAUAGUCUGCAACUGCUGCUGCAACUAGUGUCCACAGUCUGACUGAGAGACAGCAACAGCCUGCAACUACUGCACAGUCUGGCUGAGAAACAGCGACCGCUGCAAUUAUUACAGUCUGACACUGAAUACAGCAACGACUGCACAGUCAGACAGACUGAGCGAGUGACUGCUGCAACUUCUGCACAGUCUGACUGAGCGAGUGACCGUCGGCGACUACUGCAAAGCCGCUGCAAGUCUGACUGAGCGACCACCUGCAACUACUGCGCACCUGCUUCAAGCACCGCUCACCUACUCCUACCCUCAAGCCCACCGCGAUCAUUCGGCCCUUCGCCGAAAAUAUGACCUUUGAGGAAUUCAACGCUGUUGAGGAGCAGCAAGUGGAAAGCGCCGAAAGGAUGCAAGCUGCUGGCAAAGCCCUGGAGGAGUUGCUGAGCUCGGCGCAACGGCAGCAUUGUCUGACGGUUGGAGUCUACGAGUCUGCAAAAGUCAUGAAUGUUGAUCCAGACAGUGUGGUGUUAUGCCUCCUUGCCAGCGACGAACAAGACGAAGGUGACAUCGCUCUGCAAAUCCACUUUACUUUAAUCCAGGCUUUUUGCUGCGAUAAUGAUAUCAACAUAGUGAGAGUGAAUGACAUUCAGAGGCUGGUCGAGAUCGUUGGUAAUGCUGCUGACAAUGAGGAGCCGAAAGACAUGCAUUGCAUUCUAGUCACUAAUCCAAGCCAAGACUCUUGGAAAGAUCCAGCUCUGGAGAAACUUGGUGUCUUCUGUGAAGAGAGCCGCUGCACCAAUCAAUGGGUCCCCAGCAUUUCCUUUCCUGAACGUUGAAGUUGCUGCACAGACUUUGGUUGCUAGAAAUGUUGUAUUUUGAAGUCGCUAUCAAAGGGCAAAGUGGCUUUCUGGGUCUACACAUUAGACUGAAUUGAUCAGUCUCGUGGACAUAAGACCAGUGGUGGUGAAACAGAGGCAGGGAUGACCAGGACUGGUGAUUGCAUAUGGUUGGUUGGAACAAAGGAAUGUGGUGCACAACAGCUUGGACCUGGAGUAGCGAAGAGGACGUGGAAGACUCGUGCAACUCUGCACCUGCCACAGAGUCCUGUUUGUGCAACUUGGAGGAUGAAGGCUUGUAUCAGGCUAGACUGUAGAACUGUGGUUCUAAAACAUUUGUGAAACAGUCGAACUUUGACUUGCGAUGGACUUAAAGAUCUUGGCUUCAGUUGAACUCUACAAAAUCUUUAACAUGUAUAAUAGGUUUAUUUUUUGUAAAUUAUAAAAAAUUAAAUGCUAAAAAGAA